AAUAAUAACAACCUUCAAAACAUAUCCUUCUUGAAAUAAAAAAAAAUAUACGACGUAUUGUCAACGAUUGUUUAUAUUUUUAAUUAAAUUUGUUUAAACUUGAUGUGUGUUAUUGUAAAACAUUUCGAGUAAAUAUAAGUGUAAUAAAAAUAUUUAUAAAAAGUAAAAAGAAAACAUAUAUAAAAUAAAUAACAACAGGUGAAUCAUUUGAAGUUAACCUCGAAAAAAACUAUUUAGAUUGUUUAUAAUAAAUAAAAAGGCAUAAAAUUAAAUAAACAAUGGAUUCACCUUGUUCAUCAAUAAGUACACCAGGUUCUAAUGCCCUGAUGGUUGCAAAAAAUACACGUGAUUUAGAAAUAUUUAAAAAACCAACUGGUACAGCUGUUAGAUCAAAAAAUUUUAAAAGAAAAAUUCUAGAUGAAGAUACAUAUCUUGAUAAAAUAGGUGAAAUAAUUGAACGUGAUUUUUUUCCUCAUCUAGAAAAGUUAAAAGCUCAAAAUGAAUAUUUAGAUGCAUUGGAACAAAAUAAUAUAACAAAAAUGCGUGAAUUAUAUGAAAAAUAUAGUUCAGGUUGUCCAAUAAGUGAAAGAAUACCAAGUCCAGCAACAUUUGAAACACCAUUACGUGAAGAACAAAUAAAUGAAUCAGUUAGAUCUCAAAGAAGCACAACAUCAUCAUCAUCAACGUCGUCAUCAUCAAAAGGUGGUAAAAUGAAAAAAAAAACAAGUCUAGAUACAUAUUUAAGUACUCAUACAAGUGAGGAUAAUGCUAGUUUUGAAGAACUCAUUGAAGAAGCUGAACAAAAACAACGAUUAAAAUAUUCAUGGCUUUAUGAAGCUGAAGAAAAAUCAAAAAUAAAAGAAAUUGAAUCAAAUAAAAUACAAAAUGCAAUUGAAUCAAAACCAUUUGAAGUUGAUUCAUGGAAAUAUAAAAAUAAAAAUUAUAUAAUGUAUGUACCAGAUGGUGUUGAAUUAACAUCAGAUGAAAAAAUUGAAAUGGCUAAAAGAAAACAAGAAGUACAACAUGAAAAUACAAGAUUAAAAAUAAAUCCAUUUAAUGAUAAACAAAAUAAAGAAACAAUAUCUGAAUUAGCUAAAACACAAUCAAAAACAAAUGAUGGUAAAAUUGGUAUUGAUGGAAAAGAAAUAAUUAAAAAUCAAACACCAAAUAUUAAUGGUUUUAGUUUUGUAACAACACCAAGUCCAAGACCAGGUGAAUGUGAAAGUCCAAUAAUGACAUGGGGACAAAUUGAAGGUACACCAUUUAGAUUAGAUGGUGGUGAUACACCAAUAAUUAGAUCACAUCAAGGACCAUCAUUUCGUAUGGCUGAACCACCAAAAAGAGAAAAAAUUGCUUUACGAUUAGCUGAAAAAGCUAAUGAACGUCACAGAGAUAGAAAAAAUAAAGCAUUAGAAGUAGCAAGAAAAUCAUUUGCAACUCCAUCACCAAGAAGUCAAUCGAAAAUUGAUAGAUUAGCAACAAUGUCACCAGCUGCUAGAAGAUUAGCAACACAAAAAUUAAAAAUUAUCGCUACACCAUCACCAAGAAGAUCACUUUCACGAACACCUAUAAUUGGUAUUAAAACUCCAAAUAUAAUAUCUAGACACAGUGAUUCAACAUCUGGAGAUGAAAAAGAAUCACAAGAAAUUGUACUAACUGAUAAUCUUCUUAAUCUUCCAUCAAGAAAUAGAGCUGCUGAUUUUUUCGUUUAAAUAUAUUUAAUUUUAUCAUAUAAAAGAAAUUAUUUCAUUAUUAUUUAUUUAUUUAUGUAAAUAUUGACAUUAUUAAUAAAUGAGUUAUUAAGAAAUUAAAAACAAA